CAUAGCACAUGGGGCUGGGAAAACUGUAGAGGAAUGUGUGAUUGGCGGAGCUGUUUGUUAGGCAGAGUAUAUGAUGUUGCCGCAUGCUUCUCUGCCCCGCCCCUUAUUGUAAAGUCUGAGUCUCAGACAGUGUGUGCGUGCGUGUGCGUGUGUGUGUGCGUGAGAGAGAGUGAUAGAGGGAGAGAGAGACAGAUGCACAGCUACAGGGGGAUUUUUAUUUAGUCAGAAAAGCAGACUUUAAUUCAUCUGUCAGACAUGUUUAAGCUCUGAACUGACCUCUGGGUGGAAUUGUACUUUUCCCUUCAUCAAAAAUGGAGACCAUCCUCGCCAAAGCACUCUAUGACAACACAGCUGAAAGCCCAGAUGAGCUGGCCUUCCACAAGGGUGAUGUUGUUGUGGUGAUAGAGCAAACUGUUGAGGGCAGUGUAGGCUGGUGGAAAUGCUCUCUGCAUGGCCAGGAAGGCCUGGCGCCGGCCAAUCGACUGCGGCUCCUCUCGCCAUCCGAGACUAUCUAUCAAAUCCCACGUCCAUUAUUAGAUGCAAACCCAACUUACGAGGCCAUGGGACAGGUCUACAGGGCGCCAUCCACGCACAGUGUGCACAGUCCUGUCCUUUCCCCACGGAAAGCUGCAACACUGGACAGAACCCGCUCUCUAAACAAGAUGCUGAUUGCUCGUGAUCGCUCCAGUCCCAAUGCAGAUGUGUAUGCUGUUCCUAACCUUGGGAGAAAGGGCACUUUGUGCCUACCCCUAUCGACACGGCCUACACCAGCUGCUAACAUUCAGAGGACAUAUGAAAUCAUGGACAACAGCAUAUGGACACCAUGCAAAAAUAUUUAUGCUGUACCACCCACACCAUCCAAAGACCACAAUUAUGAUAUUCCUGUUCCUUCCAAAAGUCAGCAACACCUAAAGCUGCUUUCCAAAUACAGCUCUUUGCCUAACCCACGGAAGUUUGAGCAGAUAUAUGAUGUGCCUGUAGCGCCUGAAAUACCUAUCAGUGAACGUGGUAUCCAUGGCACAAUCUCGUCCAAAGGUGCGCAUUCUGGAAAAGAGCUCUAUGAUACGCCCCCAAAAUGUGCUCUUCCCGCAGCAGUCUCUGAUGGCUUGCUCUACGACUUCCCAAAAUGUAGUGAGAAAGCACAACAAAGGAUAGACUCUACCCCACCAGAGAAAGAAUGUAUCUAUGAUGUACCACCUAGCCUCAAGCAAAGAGAACCCAUUCUGAAUGGACUAACACUCCCAAAUCAGCAAGUUAUAAACCCAGGUGAUUCUGAAAAUGUUUCUAAACCUCUGGAAUACAGGUGCAAACCUGGACCAAGGCCUGAUCAUCCUCGAGGACGUUCAUUAUGGGGCAGAAAUAUUAUGUUGUCCAGAGAACUACAGGAGAGGGGGGCAAUAACCAUUGAAAACGAGGUGAAGAAUGGCAGAGGUCUGCCUCUUUCCAAGAACCAACGGAACUCCACAGUGUCCACCUCCUCCACCACCUCUAGCUCUUCCAGGAGCUCCUGUGACUCUCUGCUGCUGGCCUCCCCCUCACCAGAGCCACUGCGCGAGAUCACACUGUCCCCGGAGGAAACGACCCAAAGGCUUUUGCAGCUCCAGGAAACAGUCUGCCAGGCUGUGCCCAAACUCAUGAACUUCGUAAGUAGCCACUGGAGAAGCCGUGAGCACCUGGACCAGCACCUCCGGGAGAUCCGUGCAGCCUCAGAGGAUGUGGCCAACUCAGUCACGUCCUUUCUCAACUUUGUUCUGGAUAUUCGAGGUAAUGCGCAGCGGCUCACUGACUCUAACCUGCAGGCCAGGCUCCAGAAGCAGCUCUCUAUCGUGGAGGACUCAGGACUGAUACUGCAGACAUCUGUGGAUGCUCUUGGUGGCUUGGGCUGGGCUCUGGAUGUCCUGGCUCAGGAUCUCGGGCAGCAGCAGUCUUCAGACCAGCUAGAGCGCUUCGUCAUGGUGGCCCGCACUUUGCCAGAAGACAUUAAACGGUUGGUGUCUAUUAUAAAUGCCAACAGCAAGCUUCUGUUCAGAAACUCCUCGAAAGAGCCAGAAAUGCCAAAGAACACCAGUCCACCACAUGUGAUAAAAAACCUCGACAAGAACGAACCACUGCUAGAUACACAGGGGGAUGAUGAUUAUGUAAAACUUCAGGCCAAGACAGAAUUCGAAAAGCAACAGCAAAGUGAAGCAAAAAACAACAUAAAAUCGGACACAAAUGGAGGAAACGAGAGAGAACAGACUUCCAAACCAGAGCCUACAUGCCCUGACAGCACAAGCCAACCCCCUAGACCCGUUAUUUCUGACCACUGCCGUCUGUAUUUUGGGGCCAUUAGGAAGGCCAUUGCUGUGUUUGUUAAUAGCCUGGAGGAGCAACAGCCCCCUGAGAAGUUCAUAUCCCACAGUAAGCUGGUUAUCAUGGCGGGCCAGAGGCUAAUAGACACACUUUUUUGUGAAGCCCAGAAGAUGCAGGACAGUCAUGAACUACUGUAUAAAAGCAACCACUUGUGUGCUCUCCUCAAGCAACUGGCAGUAGCCACCAAGAAAGCAGCGCUGCACUUUCCUGACAAAGUGGCAAUCCAGGAAGCAAAGGACUUUGCCAAAGAGCUGGCUCAGAGGGCACACCAUUUUCGCAUAUCUCUGGACAGCUAAGGGGUCUGUGAAAGGACAGCGGUGGUGCAUUCAGUCCGAUUCAUACCGGCAGCUUUCUCUUUUUUAGUUUUAUUCUGUCAGUUCUUCUAUAAGUGUGUCAGAAAAAAUAACAACGUGAGGCAACAAAAAGUAAAGUGCAAUUAUGUGACACGUUCAGCUAUGUAUAAUGCAUAUUUAUUAAAGCAACACUGGAAAAAGCAAUAAAAUACAAGACUAGGUGGAGAAAUCGUUAGACUAGCACUAGUCUAAAAUUAAGACUAUAGCAUCUUCCACAAGCAGCGUACAAAUGUGCCAUUGCGUAAAUAAGUGUAUUGACUACAGUUGACUACAUCUUGAGAUAGUAGGGUUUAUUCUUUUCACUUAAGCAGAACGUGCACGUUUUUCGACAUCGGAUGUUGUAGCCGGAAUUUCAGUGAGAAUAAUAAGCAGCGCCCUUCAAAAUUACUGUCAUCCUUCUCAAAACGAGCAAAAAUAAAGACUGUAGAAGAUAAACAUUACACACAAUAAUUCUGCUUUUCCACGCAAACAAUAGGAGAAACUGUUUAUCAUUGUCCAAACCAAAAUCACCCUUCUGUAGAACUGUUUUCUUUAAAUAAUAGUAUUUACCCCAUCCUGAUUUCUUCUGUUUUUGGUGUCUAUCUCAUACUAAAUUAUUUCAGAAAUUAAAACAAAAUUUAGGAUAAAACAAAGGCAACCUGAGUAAACACAAAAUGCAGUUUUUAAAUUAUAAUGUUUUUUUUUUUAUUGAAGCAAAAAACUUAUCCAUUACCAGCUGGGCCUGUGUGAAAAUGUAUCUGCUCCCGUAGUUACUAAUUCCCCAAAUCUAUGAAACUGCAUUCAUAAUGGGGUUCAGCAACCAGGUCUGAUUACAGAUAUGCCAGAAUUGAAAGUAAUUCCAUAAAUGAUGAGGAAGAUGGUGAUUGAAAUACAUCAGUCUGGGAAGGGUUACAAAGUAAUGGUAAAUGGUCUGCACUUAUGUAGCACUUUUUUAACCUUAGUGGUUCCAAAGCGCUUUACACUGUGUCUCAUUCACCCAUUCACACACACACUCACACACACACCAAUGGUAGCAGAGCUGCCAUGCAAGGCGCUAACUUGCCAUCGGGAGCAACUUGGGGUUCAGUGUCUUGCCCAAGGACACUUCGGCAUGUGGAGUCACGUGGGCCGGGAAUCGAACCGCCAACCCUACGAUUAGUGGACAACCCGCUCUACCACCUGACCCACAGCUGCCCACAAAGCUAUUUCAAAGGCUCUGGGACUCCAAAGAACCACAGUGAGAGCCGUUAUCUCCAAAUGGAAAAACUCUGCACAGUGGUGACCCUUCCCAGAAGUGUCCGACCUUCCAACAUUCCUCCAAGAGCACAGCGACGACUCAUCCAGGAAGUCACAAAAGAGACAAGGACAACAUCGAGGAAACUACAGGCCUCUCCUGCAUCAAUAAAAAUCACUGUUCAUGACUCCACUAUCAGAAAGACACUGGGCAAAAAUGGUGAGGUGAAAACCACUGUUAACCCAGAAGAACAUUAAGGCUCAUCUGAAUUUUGCCAGAACACACCUUACUGAUUCUCAAAUAUUUUGGGAGAAUGACUUGUGUAUUGAUGUGUUGAAAGUGGAACUGUUUGGAAGACAGGGGUCCCAUUACAUCUGGCGUAAAUCAAACACAGAAUCUCACAAAAAGAUCAUCAUACCUACGGUCAAGCAUGGUGGAGGCAGUGUGAUAGUGUGGGGAUGCUUUACUGCUUCAGGGCCUGGGCAACUUGCAAUGAUUGAGGGAAACAUGAAUUCUGCUCUCUACCAGAAAAUCCUAAAGGAUAAUGUCCUGUCUUCAGUCUGUAAGUUGAAACUCAAGCAUGACUGGAUUAUACAGCAAGACAAUGAUCCAAAGUAUUGGAGUAAGUCCUAGUCCUAGAAGUAAGUGAAAGACUGAUCUCCAGUUAUCAGAAGCGUUUGGUUGCAGUUAUUGCUGCUAAAGGUGGCACAAGCAGAUUUUAAGUUUAAUGGGGCAAUUAGUUUUUCACAUGGGUGAUUAUUUUGCUUCAAUAAAAAUAAUAAAUAAAUGAAAACUGUAAUGUGUUUACUCAGGUUGCCUUUGAUUUACGUUGUAUUUGGUUUGAAGAUCUAAAAUUAUUUAGUAUGAGAUAUACAUACAAACAGAAGAAAUCAAGAUGGGGGCAAAUACUUUUUCACAGCACUAUAUGUGCCAAAAUUAUCGACAGCCUAAGAAAUAUUUUCAAUAAAUGCAAACAAAUUGUUAUUCUUUUUCAGAUGCUCUCUUUCACCGUGAACGCAGUAGCCAUGGUCUGUUUCCCUGGGGUAUAAAUAUGAGGUUGCCUACAUGUAAAAAUCUUUUAUGGCCUGUUACCCUGGAAACGAUUUUCUAACACAAAAGAGACAGAGGAGAGGUGCAUGAUCCCUCCAACCUUUUUAUAAACCUUUCUUACACAUUAUAGGAAGACACUUUUGUGUUAUUCUGUCCAAGGCAAGCGUCAUAAAAUAUUAAUGUUUUUAAGGAUGCUGGUCAUUUUGAAACCAGUGUUUUGUGGUUAAAAACAUUACUACUUAAGGCGAGACACGGCAGGCAAAAAAGACAUUUCCUUUCUAGAGCUCACCAAUAUUGAGAAACUACAGGCUGUUCUAAACCAAGAGACAGAAUUUCAUUGGCUGUGGAAGUUUAAAGUUUACUUCUGGGGAUGUGAUUCGCCGAAAUGCGUCACGUGGCAUGCUCCGCUACUUUACAACAGAGACCUCGGCACAGUAAAAACACAGAGAUGAAUACGCCGAAAUUCCAUGCAGAGAGGAUUAAAAAGAUGUAAGCAGCUAUCCAUAGUACGGAAAUAAUUCAAUAAGCAAGGAAAGUACAAGUAAAAAAAAAAAAAAUACAUUUGUUAAAAUUAAAUAUACAUAUUUUUAAUAUAACUUUUCAAUAACUAGAUUUUUGCUUUUUAAAGGUAUGUAAAUAAGUGCAUAUUUAAUGAGAGUAUCUUAUUUGCAUAUCUAAACGUAUUUUUUCAGAAAACUUCAUGCAAAAAAAAAUUGCUGUAAUAAUGUAUAUAAUUUAUUGGUAAAGUUUCAUGAUAAUAUCUUCAUAUUAAACAUUUUCGCCUAUUCACCUGCAAUGUCUCGCCUUAAAAACAUUUCAUUUGAAAAAGAAAAAAAAUUAUUUUUUUUAACGAAACAUAUACAAUGUAUAUUUGAGCACAAAAUAGUACUUAUUGCAUUGGUUAUUCUUUUAAAAAUAUAUAUAUAUGUAUAUAUACAUAUAUGCAUUUAUACAUUUAUACUGCUUAUUUUCAUCAGGAGUACAAAUGGUUCUGGAAGCUACUGUAUAUUGUAGGGAUACUAUAACUAUACUAUACUUUUGUACAUUUUAUGACAUUUCACACACUCUCUUUCUCUCUUUCCCCCUCUUCCUAUGCACUGUGUAAAUAUGUUUCUUUAAAUUUUAUUGUCAAGU